AGUCAUUCCAUUCUUGUGUUACUGUAUCGCCCAAAUUCCCAAGCUUGACAAUAUUUAUGCAAGCUUAAAACCCAAAUAUUGUAGUAAAAUAAAAAUCCUGUUUUGACAUCAAAGUUGAGAAACAAAACAACACAAAAUCAAAAGGUUUUGUCUUUGUGUAAGUAAAUUCGCUCCCAAUGAAUUGUAUGACUCGUUUAAAGUGUUUGAUAAGCAAAGCGCGAAGCUUUGCACGGCUUGGUGGUGAAUCCACUCUCUCUCAACCGCCGUCUCUCGCCUCCGCCACGGUUUCUUCAUCCGCCGUCAUGAAUGGCCUCGAAACUCAUAACACAAGGCUCUGUAUCGUAGGUAGUGGCCCAGCGGCGCACACGGCGGCGAUUUACGCGGCUAGGGCUGAACUCAAACCUCUUCUCUUCGAAGGAUGGAUGGCUAACAACAUCGCUCCCGGCGGUCAACUAACAACCACCACCGACGUCGAGAACUUCCCCGGAUUUCCGGAAGGUAUUCUCGGAGCAGAGCUCACUGACAAAUUCCGUAAACAAUCAGAGCGAUUCGGUACUACGAUCUUCACAGAGACGGUGACGAAAGUUGAUUUCUCUUCGAAACCGUUUAAGCUAUUCACAGAUUCAAGAACCGUUCUCGCUGACGCUGUUAUUCUCGCUACUGGAGCUGUGGCUAAGCGGCUUAACUUCGUUGGCUCGGGUGAAGGUUCCGGAGGUUUCUGGAACCGUGGAAUCUCAGCUUGUGCUGUUUGCGACGGAGCUGCUCCGAUUUUCCGGAACAAACCUCUUGCGGUUAUCGGUGGAGGCGAUUCAGCAAUGGAAGAAGCAAACUUUCUCACCAAAUAUGGAUCAAAAGUGUAUAUAAUCCAUAGGAGAGAUGCUUUUAGAGCGUCUAAGAUUAUGCAGCAGCGAGCUUUGUCUAACCCUAAGAUUGAUGUGAUUUGGAACUCUUCGGUUGUGGAAGCCUAUGGAGAUGGAGAAAGAGAUGUGCUUGGAGGAUUGAAAGUGAAGAAUGUGGUUACUGGAGAUGUUUCUGAUUUGAAAGUUUCUGGAUUGUUCUUUGCUAUUGGUCAUGAGCCAGCUACCAAGUUUUUAGAUGGUGGUGUUGAGUUAGAUUCGGAUGGUUAUGUUGUGACGAAGCCUGGUACUACACAGACUAGCGUUCCCGGAGUUUUCGCUGCUGGUGAUGUUCAGGAUAAGAAGUAUAGGCAAGCAGUCACUGCUGCAGGAACUGGGUGCAUGGCAGCUCUGGAUGCAGAGCAUUACUUACAGGAGAUUGGAUCUCAGCAAGCUGCCGAGCCAUUAAGACACCCUCCAGGGCUUCUAGAGGCUUUUGAAACUAUGGUCACAGAUUUUUCAGAGGAAACGGCUGUGAAGCUUUUAGGACUUUGAUUAUGUCAGAAAAAUUGCACAAAUGACGGCGUGAAGGGGCCUUGAACAAAUGACGUCGUUCAAUAAAGUAAAGCAAUGCGUGCGACCACAAAAAUUGAAACUCCCACAUGGUUGAAAUUUUCAAAAGACUUCAUAAAAGCUUUCCCAAAAGUAACCCCAAUUAUGCUUCUAACAAUUCUUAAAAUUUGAAACGAUGAAUGUAAUUAAAAACUUGUAGUCAAUAAGAUUGAACUAUGCCUUAAAUAAAAGAUUGAACUUUACAAUAAAGAAAUAAAAGUUCCGGCAUUUUAUCUUCU